UAAAGACAAUGGCCGUCAACGUGCAAGAGACUCCUUGGCGAAUUCACAUACGCCUGUUGUAUUUCACAACUGUGUGUUUGACAUUGCUUAUGGCCACUGUCAUGUGGUAUGGCUAUACAGAACUUAGGAAACUUCGAAGUGAUAUGCACAACAAAAUAUCGAACAAAGAUGUCGCGGAAUUUCGUAUAUGGCACAGGCCUUUCGAAGAUGUGGAAUCACCUCCUGAAUGGACUUACAGCGAAGAUUUUGAUAAAACAGAAUUUGAAAAUAGAAAAGACGAGAGUACCCGGUCAAAACGCCACGCAGAUCCCGAGGGAUCUGGCCUUCCCGACGACUAUGUACUCAUGAACACCUAUUCAAGAAUACCGUUGGUGGCCUUACAUUCUUACUGCCGCGAUGCGAAGGAGUAUUGCUCUGCACAGGGACAACCAGGUCCGCCCGGCGUUCCUGGAUCCAGAGGCGAAAAGGGGGAUUCGGGGGCUCCAGGUCUCCCUGGCAGGAAGGGCGACCCCGGGGUCAAAGGCGACACUCCUGACCCAGGAUUAGUGGCAGAAAAUCUCCGGAGUUACAACAGCAUGCGAGGUCCCCCCGGCCCUAAAGGGGAUCAUGGGGACCCAGGGGACAUGGGGCCAAUGGGACCGCCUGGGCCGCAAGGAAUGAAGGGAACACGUGGUCAAUCCGGAACACAAGGGAGAGAUGGGAAGGAUGGACUUCCGGGUAAAGUCGGUGCACUAGGUCCUUCUGGACCCAGGGGCUUAACAGCGAAGGAUGGUACAGACGGAAUACCUGGGAUACCUGGUGAGCCAGGUGUGAAUGGUACUGACGGAGUCCCUGGGAGGCGGGGUAAAAAGGGGGAUAAAGGAGAGCCGGGAAAGGAUGGGGAGAGGGGGAGCAGUGGCGUCCCUGGAGUCCCCGGCCUGAAGGGAACAAAGGGGGACCAGGGCGUCAGAGGAUGGACUGGCGUGUCGGCAUCAUGCGCAUGUGAGAAGGGGAGUGCCGGUCAGAUGGGACCAAUGGGCCCGAAGGGUAUUAAAGGAAACCGUGGCGAUGAUGGUAUAUGUCCAGUUCGAUGUAGUGGCAAAUCAACUACAGUGGCGACAACGUUAGCCACAACAACGACCACAACGCCUAUCCCAGUGUUGCCACCACGGAAAAGUAUUUGUUCAUUGCGAGUAAUUGGUAAACCCUUGUUUAAAACAAUCAAAGACCAGGAAUGGGGUGCUUGGAUGUAUGACACCGACCCGACUACUCCGGCUAAUGCUAAAGCCGUUUGGGUUACGUACAAUUAUACCGGAAACAAAGUCUACAAAUACCAGGAUGAUCGCGAAUUUCGGAAUAACAAUCCAAUGGAAAUCGCCGACUUGGGAAUCACGAGGUACUAUGGCACCGGUCACGUGGUGUAUCGGGGCUUCUUGUACUACCACGUCAGAGGAGGAGACCAAAUCGUCAAGUUUGACCUUGGACAGAAAAUUAUCAAAGAAGUCGGGUCAAUUAAAUUCUCAGCACACUCGCAUGAAAUGUUUUUAUAUUCUUCUAAACGUAAUUAUUAUGAUUUUGCUGUUGACAAGAAUGGACUGUGGGUAGUGUAUGGAAAAGAUGCAGAUGAGUCUAUGGUUCAUAUUGCAAUGCUUAACCCUGACUCACUGAAAAUAAUCAAGUCAAUUGAUGCGGGUGUGCGGUCGGGUUACUAUGGUAACAGUUUUGUGAUAUGUGGCGUUUUAUACUUUAUACAAGAUACAAGCGUAUCCAUCACUAAGAUUGUGUACGCUUUUGACAUGUACAAAGAAAGGGGGAAAAACGCCAAUAUUCGUUUUAUAAAUCCAUACAGCCACAAUAACAUGGUGUCUUUCAACCCUCGACGCCAACGAAUUUACGGCUGGGACAACGGCAAACAGGUUGAAUACCCUAUGCUGCUGAGAUGAACCAUGGUAAUGUCACUGCAGCCGGUGAUGGGAUCGUUGAAAAAGACACCUUGCAGACAACAUCACAUAUCUGUGAACAUGUCCCCAGUCACAUGUAGAUGACCCUUUCAUUUUAUGAAAGCUUAUUAUUAAUAUUAACAAUAACAAUAACACAUGAGGCAUGAUGUGUGUGCUUCAUAGAUGUGUGUGUAUGUGUGGGUUCAUUUGUCGCCAAAGACCAUUCUCUGAUCGCAUAAUUGUGACGUAUUGAAGAGAAUGAAUCAGACAUUUGGCUGUUAUACAUGCCUGCAUGGCUAAAUAUUCUGCAUAGGUCUUGUUGACCCGUUAUGUGUAAAUUAAAUGCCUUCAUAUUUUCAUCGUAAUAUGUGAAACAUUUAGCCGAGGCAGAAUGGGAAAGAUUCUCUGCUUGUUGGCUAGGUCAUGAUGGUGCGCAGCAUUGGUGUUCGCAGCAUGUACUUCUGGUGUGUUACACAUAUGUUGAGCGUUGUGUCGAACACUGAUAACACACAUUUAUAGACCGUUGUAGUGUACUUUCGAAGUUUCUUUUCAGCUAUAAUAUUUUUUCAUCAUUUUAGUGGACAAUCAUUCUUUGUACCUGGCUUGGAAAAUGUACGACUUAAGUCCGUGUUAAGCGUGUUAUGUGUGAUAAUCUUGAAGUAUCAGCAUAUGCAAGUUGUGUCUUAUCUCAGUGCAAUCCAUUAUCGUAUUGUCAGAUUACCACUCCAUAAUGCUCAGAUUCAAUAGGAUUAUUACAAUGACGUUAUGUCCAUGUCAAUAUCAUUUGAGGUACUUUUGUUUGUUUCACUUUGUGCGUGGAUUGCAUUGAUUGUUGUGAUGGAGUUGAAAAACAUAUU